GGGGGGUAAGUCAGGAGGUCUCUUUACCAUGGCUCGUACAAAGCAGACUGCCCGCAAAGCGACCGGUGGUAAAGCACCGAGGAAAAAACUGGCUACAAAAGCCGCUCGCAAGAGUGCGCCCUCUACUGGAGGGGUGAAGAAACCUCAUCGUUACAGGCCUGGUACCGUGGCGCUCCGUGAAAUUAGAUGUUAUCAGAAGUCCAUUGAACUUCUGAUUUGCAAACUUCCCUUCCAGCGUCUGGUGCGGGAAAUUGCUCAGGACUUCAAAACAGAUCUGCGCUUCCAGAGUGCAGCUAUUGGUGCUUUGCAGGAGGCAAGUGAGGCCUAUCUGGUUGGCCUUUUUGAAGACCCCAGCCUGUGUGCUAUCCACGCCAAACGUGUAACAAUUAUGCCAAAAGACAUCCAGCUAUAG